AUGGUGGCCUCUCAGCAACUCCUCUGGCAGUGUGUGCGUAACAACAACUGCUUCAUUCAGAAGCGUGCCAACACCGCCGCUUUCACCACUGAGCCUGGUAACAUGACCAACCUCAACCGUGCUGGUUACUCGGGUAUCGCCAACGUCCGUGUUGGUGGCUUGGACAUCCAGACCACUGGCAACAAGCAGACUAUCGUCCUCACUACCAGCAAGAAGACCAAGAAGCCUUGCCACCGUUACACCACCACUGGUGUCUCCAAGAACACCAAGAAGGCCCAGAAGAGCAUCAAGGCUCAGUUGGCCCUCACUCGCCCUGACCUUGCCCCUCUUGCCAACAAGAAGUACAGCGCCAUCAAGAAGAGCUUCAGAGCUUAA